CAUGAAGCACAUUACCAUUCUUACUUACAAUUAAAGUGCGGCAUUCAUCCUUUGUUUUUUGUUCCUCUUCUUUUUCUUCUUUCUGUUCUUGAACAAACAUACACGCCUUUUUUAGCGAUUAAGGAACAUAUAAACAUAUAUUAUACAGAAUAGCAACCUUAAAACAUGGACUCACUUGUCGCCAAAUACUCCAACUCGGCUUCUACCUCAUUCGAUACUGAAGACAGCCUCAAUAACAACAGUGGAGGAUGGGAUGCUGCUAGCCAAUUCGCACUGCCUUCAUUCGACAUCCCCCUGGUAGCCAAUCCCGUAGAUUUCUUACGCGCCCAUACUGACCCCUCGGCAGAGAACCGCAUCCGCAUCCAGCACGGAACUACAACAUUAGCUUUCAAAUUCCAAGGUGGUAUUGUUGUUGCUGUUGAUUCGCGUGCCUCAGGAGGAUCUUAUAUCGCUUCGCAAACGGUCAAGAAGGUAAUCGAGAUUAAUCCUUACCUUUUGGGAACCAUGGCUGGAGGUGCUGCUGAUUGUCAGUACUGGGAGCGUGAACUUGGAAGGAGAUGCAGAUUGUAUGAACUCCGUAAUAAGGAGCGUAUCUCCGUAGCAGCAGCAUCCAAGAUCCUUAGUAACAUGGUCUACGAUUACAAGGGCAUGGGAUUGUCUAUGGGUACAAUGAUCACUGGAUGGGACAAGACGGGCCCUCAACUGUUCUACGUUGACUCUGAUGGCUCUCGAUUGAGAGGUGAAAAGUUUUCUGUUGGCUCAGGAUCGACUUUUGCAUAUGGUGUUCUUGAUACUGGAUACGACUAUAAUCUGUCUGUUCCCGAUGCGAUUGAGCUGGGACGCAGGGCCAUUUACCAUGCUACUCACCGUGAUGCCUACUCUGGAGGGUCUAUCAACAUCUUCCAUGUCAAGGAGUCAGGCUGGUCGUUUGAGGGCAAUUACGACGUUGGCGCACUUCACUGGGAAUACCAAGCUCUUCCCAAGGGACCAAUUGCAUAAAUCGGGAUUGCUUAACGAGGAGAAUGUACAACAUACAGCAGAAGCAGCAGUAACAACAGAAGUUUUGCAACCAAGGAUCUCUCUGUGUUUAUUAUCUUUCAAAAUUGAAAUAAAACAAAAAAGUGGCUCAGAAUACAGAAAAAGAAAUAAUAAAAAGUCACUAGGGCUUUUAAUUGG